AUGGAACAUACGGUAGUUCGAGGCUUUGAUGGGGGGCGCAACAUUACGACAAGUGUAGUCUAUCACAAUGACGACUACCCGGGGCCCUCUUCUUUGAAUGGUUUAGCCAAGGACUAUAGACACGAACCUCCCGACCCGAAUAUGGGACUGGAGAAAGAACACAGGCAUAACCCCCCAGAUCCUAUGAUUGGCCUAGAAGGGGGUUAUAGUCAUGAACCCCCGGACCCAAACCUUGAGCACCCAACUGAGGGUGCUUGUCCGGAAGAAACCAUGCUUGAAGUGCCAAAGGAGCCAGCAGAUUUUGCCCUUGAUGCCGCGUGCCGGCAGCGCCAGUUGGGAGCGGCUUCAACCUCAUUCAAGCGCUCCCUAAAACUGUUGUUGGCAUUUCACCGUCCUUCCUUUAUUUGUUUACUAGAACCCAAAGUUUCGAGCAACCAAGCUAACAAACUUUGUUCAGGUUUUGGCUUUGAUGAGUGGAUUAGGGUAGAAGCGGUAGGAUUCUCAGGAGGCAUCGGGUUAUUAUGGAAAAAGUCAGUCACCAUCAAUGUUAUUAACACCCACCCUCAAUACAUAUCAGUGCAAGUUAUGGAAAGAAAUUUGGAGCCUUGUUAUAUCUCUAUGGUAUAUGGGAGCCCAGAUCACCAACUAAGGAAGAGAUUAUUUUCUGAUCUCUCUGGGAACACGCUUGAUCCCCAAGGGUCUUGGAUGACAGCGGGCGACUUUAAUUCUAUUACAUGUAGAGAAGAAGUCAGCAACCCAGAAAACUUCAACUACUCCAGGUGUUCAGACUUCAACGAAUGGAUAUUCAACGAAGGACUAGUAGAUCUUGGCUAUAUGGGCUCUAUGUUCACUUGGAUGAGGGGCAUAAACUCGGAUUCAUUCAAAGGAGCCAGAUUGGACAGGGCAUUAGGCAAUGUGAACUGGAAGUUGCAGUUUCCCAACACCAGCAUGCAGCAUCUACCCAUCACUGGAUCGGACCAUUCACCUCUGUUGAUCGAUACUAGGACGAAUCAGGAGACGAACAGGCCAAAAUCCUUUAAAUUCAAUAUGGCCUGGGCGACACACACCACAUUCAAAGCAGUGGUGGAUGCUAACUGGAACAAAAACCUCGAUUUAGAAUCUAAUAAGAGCAAGAGGAAGAAGAGGCUAAUAGCAAGGAUCGAAGGCAUACAACGGAAGGUCACCCAGAGCACACGAUCCGAUUUAAUCAAGCUAAACAGGAAACUGCAAAUGGAAUUGGAGGAAACUCUCUAUCAGGAGGAACUCAUUUGGUUCCAACGAUCUAGAGAGGAGUGGAUAACUUCUGGAUAUAGGAACACAAGACACGGUAUGGAACGAACUGGAUUUGCCCCUUACACUAGAAGAAACCAAGAAGAACUUGUUCUAAAUGGCUCCUUGCAAAGCCCCGUGACCAGAUGGGGCUGCAACGAUACUCUGAUCUCACUCAUACCGAAGGUCCCCAAUCCAACUAGUGUCAAGCAAUACCGCCCUAUAAGCCUAUGCAACGUCUCCUACAAAUUGAUAACCAAAAUUAUGGCAUCACGAUUGAAGAAUAUGUCAAGGAAACUGAUCGGACCACACCAAACCAGCUUCGUACCGGGAAGACAAAUUUCAGAUAAUGUCCUUCUUUACCAAGAAGUGCUCAGCUCAAUGAAGAACAAAAAAGGAAAAAGUGGUUGGAUGGUAAUGAAGAUCGACUUGGAAAAAGCUUAUGACAAACUUUCAUGGGACUUCAUCAAGGAUACCGUCGAAGACAUUGGUUUAAAUGAUACAUGGACCAAACGCAUACUGGAAUGCGUUUCUUCCCCUAGGCUAGCAGUACUGGUGAACAGGCAGAAAAUGGAAUGGUUCAAACCCACGAGAGGAAUUCGUCAGGGAGACUCCAUCUCACCCCUUAUUUUUGUUUUAUGCAUAGAAAGGCUAAGCCAUAUUAUUCAAUCUUCCAUUAACAGUGGGCAUUGGAAAGGGAUAAAACUUUCCAGACAAGGACCUCAUAUCACCCAUCUUUUCUUUGCAGACGACUUGGUACUCUUCGGGGAAGCAACGGAGCAGCAAGCACUGGAGAUGAAAACCUGCCUCGAUACAUUUUGUAAAUGCUCAGGUCAGAAACUUAGCUUGCAGAAAUCAACCCUUUUCUUCUCUAAAAACACAGAGGGAAGCCUCCAACAAAGGAUAGCUGCAGUAGUGGGAAUUCCAAUUGUUUCUAACAUGGGAAAUUACCUGGGGAUCCCAUCAUUCCAUGGAAGGAUCAAAAAUGAAACCUUUGCAGGCGUGCUCGAAAGAAUACAAUCCAGACUAGCAGGAUGGAAAUCAAGAACCCUCUCCUUUGCCGGCAGAAUAACCUUGGUACAAUCCGUAUUGAUUUCAAUCCCCUUUUAUUACAUGCAAACAAUACUACUACCGACAGGAGUGAUCUCAAACAUCGAGAAGCUAAUCAGAGGCUUCCUAUGGGGAAGCAAUGAAGGAGAAAGGAGAUGCCACCUUAUCAAUUGGGAAACUGUAACAAGAAGCAAAACACAUGGGGGAUUAGGCAUCCGUAAACUAGAUCGUAUGAAUCUAGCCUUCCUCGCCAAGCUUGGAUGGAGACUUUUACAAGACGAGGAAAGCCUAUGGUCUAGAGUGUUCAAGAACGACAGAUGGAUUCUCGACACCCCACUGUUCGAACUCGCGACCAACUAUGUGCCAAUCUCUGAGAGAAAUAGAAGUGUUGCCAGUUACUGGAGUUUGGAGGAAGGUUGGCUAUGGAACCAGUUUGAUGAUUUUUUACCAACAGAAGUUUUGGAUAAAUUAGCUGCUGUCAUAUUAAGUGAAGACCAAAACGAGCAAGACUCCACCCAUUGGAGCAAGGAGACUACAUGA